ACCACGAAGAAGUAAAAGAGGAAGUGCAGCCACUAAAAAAAUAACAAUACUGUGCAGUACAAAUGCUGGCUGAGCAAAACCUGUUUAAUUUAUAUUUAUAAAAUCAUACAUUUGUCUCAUUGCUUUCCGACGCACUUUGUGGGAAAAAAAAACUCCGCGCGGAAAAUUAUAGGUUUGGCGCACCUCAGCCCCGUGUUUUGAGUUUGUAGUUUACAAGUUUGAGAGAACCUUAACAACGGUUGUCAGCUGACUUCAGCAUGGCUCAACAAGCUGCUGCUUUGCAGACCUACAACAAUGAACUCGUCAAGUGUUUUGAUGACCUGUGCUCCAAGCGAGAAGAAUUGAGCCUUCAGAUCAAGCUGGAGGAGGAAGAAAAGGAACGACUUCAGCAUGACAUCCGAAGCCUCUCGGAGAAGCUGAGCAGAGUUAAUGAAAGCCUGGCACAAAAAAUGGCCGCACACAACACCAUCGACCGCACCAUCGCAGAGACUGAGGCUGCAUACACCAAGAUCUUGGAGAGUUCACAGUCCUUACUGAGUGUCCUGAAGCAGCAAGCGGGAAACUUCAGUAAAACCUCAGAGCCCCGGAGGAAAGAGCACUGAAUUUGUAGAGGAAGUGCUUCGAGAAAGACUGCACAAGGAACUGUUUCAAGAAUUUGGAUUUGAUUUUAAGUUUUUGCACUAAUAAAUGUUAAAUACUGUCCUC